AUGCUCAUCCCCCUGAUCCUCCCCCUCGUCACCAGCACGAGCACCAACUCCAGCACCCCCCUCCUCCCCACCCCCCCCAUGGGCUUCAACAACUGGUCGCGCUUCAUGUGCGACCUCAACGAAACGCUCUUCACCACCACGGCGACCGCCAUGCGCACCACCGGGCUGCAAGCCGCGGGGUACAACCGCCUGAACCUGGACGACUGCUGGAUGGCGACCUCCCGCCUACCCAACGCCACCCUAACGUGGAACACGACCAAGUUCCCGCACGGCAUCCCGUGGCUGGCCGCACAGCUGGACUCGCAGGGGUUCUUGCUUGGGAUCUACGCCGACGCCGGCAACCAGACCUGCGGGGGGUUUCCGGGGUCGUCGGGACACGAAGCGCUGGAUGCAUCCACAUUCCAGUCCUGGGGGGUGAAGUAUCUGAAGCUGGAUGGGUGUAACGUCGACCCCGCAACGGAAGAGACAUAUCGCCAUCGCUACGGGCUCUGGCAUUCGAUUCUCGCCGCCGAACCACCCAACUCGACGAUGGUCUUCUCCGAGUCGGCGCCCGCGUAUUUCGCCGGGACGGACAAUAACACCGACUGGUACCGGGUGAUGGACUGGGUGCCGCAGUACGGACAGCUCGCCCGCCACUCCACGGAUAUCCUCGUGUAUGUCGGUGCGGGCUCUGCGUGGGCGAGUAUCAUGAAUAAUUACGAUUAUAAUGUGUUGCUGGCGCGGUACCAGCGGCCUGGAUAUUUCAAUGACCCCGACUUUCUGAUCCCGGAUCAUAGCGGGUUGACCUUGACGGAAAAGAAGAGCCAUUUUGCCCUGUGGGCGGUCAUGGGGGCGCCGCUGAUUAUUAGUGCGUGGAUCCCUGGGUUGGACGCGGAGGUGGUGGAGAUGUUGACGAACCCCCGGUUGAUUGCCGUCGAUCAGGAUGCGUUGGGGUUGCAGGCGACGCUUGCGAGUCGCGGGGUGAGUGCGGGGGUGGAUGUGUUGACGCGGUCGCUGCAGGGGGGGGAGCGAGUGGUUGCGGUGCUGAAUCGCGGGAAUGGGACGGUGAAAGUGGAGGUCGGGGUCGAGAGGUUGGGGUUGGAUGCGAAUGCAACGUGUGAGGUGCAGGCGGAGGAUCUGUGGGAUGGGAGGAGGGUCGAGAUGGUGCAGGGGGGCAAAUUGGUGGUGGAGGGGUUGGCGGCGCAUGCGACGGGGGUCUGGAGGUUGACGCUAUCCCCGGGCUGUGCCCCCGUCGUGCCCACCGGAAUUGUGUUUAACACCGCCUCGGGGAGGUGUUUGACCGCCCGUGACUCGCGGGUGGUGUUCGAGACGUGCGAGGCCCUCGAUGCCCAGGUCUGGCAGGUCACCGCACAGGGGUCGCUACGCCCGUUGUCCGAUACGGCGCGGUGCUUGACGGCUGCUUCCGGGGGAAGCUUGGGGGCUUGUCGCGGGGAUGAGGAUCAGAAAUGGUCGUAUGCUAUCACCGGGAAUCUGAAGAAUGCAAAGACGGGAGAGUGCCUGACCGAGGGGGUGGAGUUGGUAAGUGAUUGUUUGCUGGAGGCGAAUAGCCAGGUCUUUGGCUUGCCCAGUGGAGUUGCCCUGGUUUGA